GAGCUCUGUCGGAUAAAGGCCUUUGCUAAACACAAAUGCCACAUUAAACGCUUCGACAGUUACCGCUUUGAGGUGACGGUCGGCAUGCCGGUGGAUGGUGUCACGCAACUUGACGAUCUGGCAGGUGACAUCCUCCUAAUGGCGAGUCACGAGUUUAGACAGGUGCUGCUGAACCUCGUUCCAGGCAGCAUGGUAGAGUUCAGCACAAAGCUGGAAGGGAAGUUGGGUACUAAACUACCCGCAUUUGAACUGAAAGCCAUACACUGUCUGGACUGCAGCUCAUCAUUGGGGCCUGAGGGACAACAGGUUAAGAUUGAACGGAACUGGAGGAAAACCAUGCUUAAAGCCAUUCAAUUUGCAUUUGACUUCUUCUUUGCUCCCUUUCUCUGUGCUAGGAUCAAUGUGUAA